UAACGGGAAUUCCCAUGGCCCGGACUCCGGCGUCCAACCUGCUGCCCUGCGGCCCCCGAGCGCAGCGGACGCCGUGCGCAGAGCACAGGCUCGCGCUCCAGCCCCCGGCCGGCCGUCGCCGUUCAUGCCCGUGUUGUCCGGCCGCAGCCCCCGCCAGCCGCCGCUGCAGACCCGCCGCCGCGAGGGCCCCCGAGCCGAGCCAGGCAGGAAGGCAGGCGCGGUGUGCGCGCCGCCCCGCCCCGCCCGCCCGCCCGCGACCCCGGCCCGGCUGGCACCAUGCUCCCCGCGCGCUGCGUCCGCCUGCUCACGCCCCACUUGCUGCUCGUGCUGGUGCAGCUGUCCCCGGCUCGCGGCCACCGCACCACGGGCCCCAGGUUUCUAAUAAGUGACCGGGACCCGCAGUGCAACCUCCACUGCUCCAGGACUCAACCCAAACCCAUCUGUGCCUCCGAUGGCCGGUCUUAUGAGUCCAUGUGUGAGUACCAGCAAGCCAAGUGCCGAGACCCGACCUUGAGUGUGGCCCAUCGGGGUCGAUGCAAAGAUGCUGGCCAGAGCAAGUGUCGCCUGGAGCGAGCCCAAGCCCUGGAGCAGGCCAAGAAGCCUCAGGAAGCAGUGUUUGUCCCAGAGUGUGGUGAGGAUGGCUCCUUUACCCAGGUGCAGUGCCAUACCUUCACAGGGUACUGCUGGUGUGUCACCCCAGACGGGAAGCCUAUCAGUGGUUCUUCUGUGCAGAACAAAACUCCUGUAUGUUCAGGUUCAGUCACCGACAAGCCCUCGAGCCAGGUUAACUCUGGAAAGAAAGUCUCUUUUCGCUUCUUUUUAACCCUCAAUUCAGAUGACGGGUCGAAACCAACACCUACGAUGGAGACCCAGCCGGUGUUCGAUGGAGAUGAAAUCACAGCUCCCACUCUAUGGAUUAAGCACUUGGUAAUCAAGGACUCCAAAUUGAACAACACAAAUGUAAGAAAUUCAGAGAAAGUGCACUCAUGUGACCAGGAAAGGCAGAGCGCCCUGGAAGAGGCCCGGCAGAAUCCCCGUGAGGGUAUUGUCAUCCCCGAAUGUGCCCCUGGGGGGCUCUACAAGCCAGUGCAGUGCCACCAGUCCACUGGCUACUGCUGGUGUGUUCUGGUGGACACGGGGCGCCCACUUCCUGGGACCUCCACACGCUAUGUGAUGCCCAGCUGCGAGAGUGAUGCCAGAGCCAAGAGCACGGAGGUGGAGGAUCCCUUCAAGGACAGGGAGCUUCCAGGCUGUCCAGAAGGGAAGAAAAUGGAAUUUAUUACCAGCCUACUGGAUGCUCUCACCACUGACAUGGUUCAGGCCAUUAACUCAGCAGCGCCCACUGGAGGUGGGAGGUUCUCUGAGCCAGACCCCAGCCACACCCUGGAGGAGCGUGUGGUACACUGGUACUUCAGCCAGCUGGACAGUAACAGCAGCAAUGACAUCAACAAGCGGGAGAUGAAGCCCUUCAAGCGCUAUGUGAAAAAGAAAGCCAAGCCCAAGAAAUGUGCCCGACGUUUCACUGACUACUGUGACCUGAACAAGGACAAGGUCAUCUCACUGCCUGAGCUGAAGGGCUGCCUGGGUGUCAGCAAAGAAGGUGGUAGCCUUGGCAGCUUACCCCAGGGAAAACGAGGCACAAACCCAUUUAUAGGACGUCUCGUCUAAGGAGCGGAAAGUCUAAAGGGCAGUAGAAAGUCCACGGAGACAGAAUGGACCAUCAGACACCGAGGCUUCCAUGCUGCCCAUGGCUCAGCCACAUCCCGUGUAACAUAAGUGGUGCCCACCGUGUUUGCACUUUUAAUAACUCUUCUUUGUGUGUUUUGUUUCUGGUUUCCUUUGUAAACACCAGCAUCUAACAGCACAGUGGGAAAAGGAAAGGGAAGAAAGACUGUUUGUUCUCUCUCGUAUUGUAAGGUUUUGGAUCUGCUACUGACAACUUUUAGGUUAUUUGGGGGGAGGGGUUAUUGGUGGGAUUGAGAAGAAAGAGAUUUAUAUACUGUAUAUAAAUAUAUAUGUAAAUUGUAUAGUUCUUCUGUACAGGCGUUGGCAUUGCUGUUUGUUCUCUCUCUUCCCUCUCCGUGCUGCGGGUUGUGGGCACUCUGGCCUCAUGGUUCAGCUUUCUAGAACCUAGGACUCUAUUCUCAGCCUCCUAGACUGCACUUAGACUGACUUCUGUGUGAGUGACGAUGGGGACCCUGUGACUGCAUUGCAGACUCCCUCGGUUCUCUUCCGGUGGAGGAGUGCACUGCCCCGGCCCACUGUCUGUCACAAGUAACAAGUCAUUUGCAGCCUUGGCCUCCAAAGAUGGUUGGGUUGGUGAGAGUUGGGCAUUGCCCCUGGAGGGCAUUGGAGUCCAGAUCACAGGCCUCGGUUUGCCAGUGGUCCAGGGAGGUUCCUCCUAUCAAGACCCCCAGGGAGUCCAGGGCCAGUGGGCACCCCAAUAUCUUAGUGACUAACUGAACAGCUAUCAUCAAAGGUGUCCUGUAAGAUCAGUUUAAACAUUUCCAUCCAUGUUUGGCGCCUCCUCUUUACAGGAUAUGAGAAGGGAAGAGAGAGAGAAAAAAAAAAAGACACACAGUAGGACCCUUUAGCUAGUGGAUGUUUGAUAUCUAAGCAGCGUAGGGAGGACAGAAAGCCUAACUGAAGGAGGAAAGUGCUUGUCCUCCUGCAAGCCCAGCAGUGAGGCUUCCCGACUGUUACUCUCCCAGAAUUGAGCUAAGACCAUGUUUUCACUUUUUCUUCUCCAUCUGCCACUCCUGUCUUCAGUGGCCACCAGAAUGAGCCUGAGAGCGGAGCCGAGCCAGUCACCUUGUUGGUAACUCAACAAUUGCUUUGUUGCUUUAAAGCCCAAUAUCAGAUUUUCCCCCUUCCUUCAAAUUUUCUUAUGGACUUUGAAGCCUGAAGGCCCGUUCUAGAAGUAAAACUGAGUUUGUGUUUUCUACUCGGCCCCUCCCAGGAGGAACAGGAAUGACCACCCAGCUCUGGGGAAAUCCAGGCCAAGGUUUCCACAGGGAGUUCCUGAGAUUCCAGUGUGGGCAGCUCAGCUUCUGAGAAAGAUGUGCAACUUCCUCUGCCCAGGUGACAAGCUCAUCUAAAUGACCCUCAAGGGCAUGAAGUGCCAUCGAGGUAGCCAUGGUGGUAGUGAGGGGGGUCAGGCAGCCCAGGACUGGUGCUCUUGCCAGCAAUUGAGCCUCAACUUGUAUUCCACCCUGGAAUCCCCAUACAUGCAUCUACAUUGGCAAGUGGGAUUCCAUUUGGGAUCUGGGUGGUCGUUGCCCCAUAAGGACUGCCCAAGGCAGAGGGAAAUGGCCUUUUCAGGGCUUGACCUGCCCGAGUCUCAGGCUAGAGAAGGCUCCUGCAGUCCUGGAGGAAGUCACAGAGGUUGUCUUGGGGAUGACUGUUGGACCCAUCAUGAAGCCCACUCCCAUGAUCCUCCACUAGAAAAUGCAGCACACUGCAGCUGGAUGGACCUUGCAGGAGACCCCAGCCCCAAUUUGUGAUCCUGAGGAAGCAUGUAAAUGCAGAGAAGUCUUCUUUGAAGAUUUUGGCAUCUUCCCCAGGCAUCUUCUCCCUCGCAUAUGUGCGUGGGCUGUGUUGUGUGGUUUUUCCUUGGGAAGGAGGGAGGGUGGAGGGCGGGAGAGAGGGAUACUAUUUGUAGCUUGUUUUAUAAAAAAAAAAAAUAAAGAUGGGUAAACCUUG